UUACGUCUCUGCUUCAAUGUCUUGAAAUAACUUAGUGAAUAUGGCGUAUCAACAUCAGUUUACAUCGGAGGAAAAUGAAGAUGACUUAGAAAAACUACGGCUUGCUGCUCUUAAAUCAUUGCGGACUGCAAAAGCAGUUCCUAAAGUUGUCAGGAAGUUUAAGAAGGUCAAUAAGAAGUUUAUUUUUAAGGGCCAAGGAAUUCGAACUAACUGCUAUAAUGGCAAAUCAAUGAAAAAGAAUUUCAGAGGUAACUCAAACCAGAAUUUCAGAGGCAACUCAAACCAGAAUUUUAGAAACAACUCAAACCUUAUUACAAUAGUUCCUGUGGUGGAAAUGUCUGGAGCCUCUGGGAGUGAAUGUGGAGGACAAUCUUCAGAAAGUAAAGAUUCAGAAGUUAAUCAAGUGCCAUCAAAAUUCAGCCGAUAUGAUGAUGACAAUUCAGAUAAUAGUGAUGAAGAUUUUAUGGGCUACUGUGGUACAAAUGGAGUUGAAGAAGAUGAAAGUGCAGAGGAAGAUUCUGACAUAUUGUUACUAGAUACAAAUGAAGAAGAAAGUCUGGAAAAACUAAUGGAUGAAUUAGAAGAAGAGAUAAAGAAAACUGAAAGGACUUCACUGUCUGUAACAAGUGCAGAUGACAGUGAAACGGAGGUACCGGAAAAAAGUGUUCUGCAGGAAGAAACUGAUGUAAAAGUUUGCCGUGAUCAACAACUGGAGUCUUGUGUGAGUGAUGUGUGUGUUCAGCCUGAUGUUGUGAGUGAAAAUUCUGUGACAAUUAGUGCUCUGCAAGGAACAACAAAAGAAGUGAUCAGAAGCACUGUGGAUGCUGCAUAUGACAAUGGACAACCACUUUCCUCUGUAAAAGCCCAAGAAACAUGUACUCUGCUAAUUUCAGUGCCAGUAUCUACAGUGAAGACCACAGACAAUGAACCAGCUGCUCAGGCUGAAAAUUCCCAUAUUACUUUAAAAAUGUCUCAAAUAUCAAGGCAUUCACCACCUGAUAAUAAGUACAUCAAAUGUUCCAAUAAGAGUGUAAUAACCCCAAACCAGUCCCCUGUUCAUUCACCUGGGCAAUGUAGCCAUCCAGAAAAUUGUCAAAGCCAAGGGUCUUCGUUGUACAAAACCACCUCAUGUAGUCCUGGAGCAACCCACAAUACAAGCAGAGUUUCAGACUCAUCUUCAAUAUAUAAUUCAGUGUCUCAAGUGGAAAGGUCUCAGGUUCACGAUAACAGAUCUCAAAGCACAAAAUCCCCAGUCUAUCAACGAUCACGAACUCCGGCAUCACCAUCUAGGACUACUACUUCAAAAAUAAGAAACUCCUUCAGCCGAUCACGCAGUCCAAGAUCUCCAUUGCGAAUUCGAAGGUCACCUGCACAUGCUGUGAAAUCACGAAGCCCCAAGUCACCUGUACGUAAACUAAGUCCUCAUAAUUGUAGAUCACCGAUUUAUGAUUCAAGACCAUAUACACAAACGUCACCAGUUCACUCUCUUCAAUCACAGAGCCCACAUUCUCCUUGCAGUAGUGAUAGGUUUCAUAGUCCUUCACGCAUUCAUAGGUCUUCGAGAAUUUCUACAUCAAAAUCUCCAGGUCACCAAGUGAGGUCACCUAGCCCAAGACCUUCCACUCAUUUGCGAAGAUCUUGCAGUCCGAGAUCAAGUCCUAUCAGGCAUACAUCUCGGUCUCCAAGAUCAAGUCCUAUCAGGCAUACAUCUCGGUCUCCAAGAUCAAGUCCUCAUAACCAGAAAUCUCGUAGUCCAAGAUCAAUUGCUCACAAGCGACAAUCCUGCAGUCCGAGGUCUGCUACUCACUUGCGAAGAUCUUGCAGUCCAAGAUCAGCUGUGACUAUGUGGAGAUCUCUUAGUCCAGGACCAGCAUCAAGUAUGCGUAUAUCUUGCAGUCCAGGACCAUCAUCAACUAUGAGAUCUCAUAGUCCAGCACCAGUGAUAAGUAUGCGGAGAUCAUGCAGUCCGGGGCCAGCAAUGACCAUGUGUAGAUCACACAGUCCAGGACCGCUGACGAACAUACAGAGGUCACGCAGUCCAGAGCCACUGACGAACAUGCCGAGGUCAAGGAGUCCAGGGCCUGUGAAGAACAUGCGGAGGUCACACAGUUCAGGGCCGGCGAUGAGCAUGCGGAGGUCGUGCAGUCCAGGGCCACAGACAGGCAGGCGGAGGUCACGCAGUCCAGGGCCACAGACAAGCAGGCGGAGGUCACGCAGUCCAGGGCCACAGACAAGCAGGCAGAGGUCACGCAGUCGAGGGCCACAGACAAGCAGGCGGAGGUCACGCAGUCCAGGGCUGCAGAUGAGCAGGCAGAGAUCAUGCAGUCCAGGGUCAGGGACAAGCAUGCGGAGAUCACGGAGUCCAGGGCCAGUGACAAGCAUGUGGAGGUCACGGAGUCCCGGGCCAGUAAAGAGCAAGCGGAGGUCAUGCAGCCCAGGGCCAGUGAAGAGCAAGCGGAGGUCAUGCAGCCCAGGGCCAGUGAAGAGCAAGCGGAGGUCAUGCAGCCCAGGGCCAGUGAAGAGCAAGCGGAGGUCACGCAGUCCAGGGCCAGCAAAGAGCAUGCGGAGGUCACGCAGUCCAGGGCCAGCAAAGAGCAUGCGGAGGUCACGCAGUCCAGGGCCAGCAAAGAGCAUGCGGAGGUCACGUAGCCCAGGGCCAGCAACGAACAUGCGGAGAUCACACAGUCCAGGGCCAGCAACGAGCAUGCGGAGAUCACACAGUCCAGGGCCAGCGACAAGAAUGCGGAGAUCACGCAGUCCACAGCCAGUGACGAGCAUGCGGAGAUCACCCAGUCCAGUGGCAGCAAGGAACAGGUGGAGGUCACGCAGUCCAGGUCCAGUGAGGAGCAGGCAGAGAUCACGCAGCCCAGGUCCAGCGAGGAGCAUGCUGAGAUCACGCAGUCCAGGCCCAAUGACGAGCAUGCGGAGAUCACGCAGUCCAGGGCCAAGGACGAGCAUGCGGAGAUCACGCAGUCCAGGGCCGAGGACGAGCAUGCGGAGAUCACGCAGCCCAGGGCCAAGGACGAGCAUGCGUAGAUCACGCAGCCCAGGGCCAAGGACGAGCAUGCGUAGAUCACGCAGCCCAGGGCCAAGGACGAGCAUGCGUAGAUCACGCAGCCCAGGGCCAAGGACGAGCUUGCGUAGAUCACGCAGCCCAGGGCCAAGGACGAGCAUGUGUAGAUCACGCAGUCCAGGGUCAGUGACGAGCAUGCGUAGAUCGCGCAGUCCUGGGCCAGUGACGAGCAAGCGUAGAUCGCGCAGUCCAGGGCCAGUGACGAGCAAGCAUAAAUCACGCAGUCCAGGACCAGCAAAGAACAUGCGUAGAUCGCGCAGUCCAGGACCAACAACAAAUACACGGAGAUCUCAUAGUCCAGGACCUGCAAGGAAUGCAAGGAGAUCUCACAGCCCGAGACCAGCAAUGAGUGCACGGAGAUCCCGCAGUCCUGGACCGACAGUGAGUACGCGGAGAUCUCGCAGUCCAGGACCUGCAACAUGUACACGGAGAUCACGCAGUUCAGGACCAGCAAUGAGCACACGGAGAUCUCGCAGUCCAAGACCAGCAGUGAACACACGGAGAUCUCGCAGUCCAGGUCCGGCAGUCAGCACACGGAGAUCUCGCAGUCCAGGACGGGCAGUGAGCACACGGAGAUCUCGCAGUCCAGGACGGGGAAUGAGCACACGGAGAUCUCGCAGUCCAGGACCGGCAGUGAGCACACGGAGAUCUCGCAGUCCAGGAAGGGCAGUGGGCACACGGAGAUCUCGCAGUCCAGGAAGGGCAGUGGGCACACGGAGAUCUCGCAGUCCAGGAAGGGGAGUGGGCACACAGAGAUCUCGCAGUCCAGGAUGGGCAAUGAGCACACGGAGAUCUCGCAGUCCGGGAAGGGGAGUGGGCACGAAGAGAUCUCGCAGUCCAGGACAGGCAAUGAGCACACGGAGAUCUCGCAGUCCAGGACGGGCAGUGAGCACACAGAGAUCUUGCAGUCCAGGACUGACAGUGAGCACACGGAGAUCUCGCAGUCCAGGACGGACAGUGAGCACACGGAGAUCUCGCAGUCCGGGACCGGCAAUGUGCACACGAAGAUCUCGCAGUCCAGGACCGGCAAAGUGCACACGAAGAUCUCGCAGUCCAGGACCGGCAAUGACUACACGAAGAUCUCGCAGUACAGGAUCGGCAAAGUGCACACGAAGAUCUCGCAGUCCAGGACCGGCAAUGACUACACGAAGAUCUCGCAGUCCAGGACCGACAAUGACCACACGAAGAUCUCGCAGUCCAGGACCAGCAAUGACCACACGAAGAUCUCGCAGUCCAGGACCGACCAAGAGUACAAGGAGAUCUCGCAGUCCAGGAGUGGCUAAGAGCAAACGGAGGUCUCACAGUCCAGGACCGGCCAAAGGCACACGGAUAUCUCGCAGUCCAGGACCGGAAAUGAGCUCAAACAGAUCUCGCAGUCCAGGACCACUAAUGGGCAUUCAUAGAUCUCACAGCCCAAGACCUGUAACAUGUAUGAAAAGAUCUCGCAGUCCACGGCCAUCUUCUAGUACCCGGAGAUCUCGCAGUCCGAGACCAUCUACCGAUACCCAAAGAUCUCACAGUCCAAGACCAGUUAACAGUACUCGAAGAUCUCGCAGUCCAAGACCAGCUGGUAGUGUGCGAAGAUCUCACAGUCCAAGACCAUCUGUGAGUGUGCUGAGAUCUCACAGUCCCAGACCAGCAGUGAGUAUGCGAAGAUCUCGCAGCCCGAGACCAAUAGUGAGUACUCGUAGAUCUCGGAGUCCAAGAUCAGCUUCUGAUAUGCGGAGAUCGCACAGUCCAAGACCACGUACUAAUCUGCGUAGAUCUAGAAGUCCAAGCCCUGCCACUAAUAUACGGAAGUCUCGCAGUCCAAGAACAGCAGCUAAGGUACAGAGAUCUGUUAGUCCAACACCAGCCUCUAAUAUGCAGAGCUCUAUUAGCCCAAGACCAGCCACAAAUUUGAGAAGAUCUCUGAGUCCAGGACCAGGUACUAAUAUUCGGAGAUCUCCCAGUCCAAGACCAAUGGCUAUUGUACGAAGAUCUCUCAGUCCAAGACCACCUGCUAAAAUACGGAGAUCUUUUAGUCCACAGCCAGCUGCUAAGAUACGAAGAUCAGGAAGUCCCAGACCAACUGCUAAUGUUUGUAGAUCUGGCAGUCCAAGAACAGCCACAAAGGUACUGAGAUCUAAUAGUCCAAGACCAGCUGCUCAUGUGCGGAGCUCUGGUAGUCCAAGAAGAGUUGCUCUGAUAAAGAGAUCUGGUAGUCCGAGACAAACUGCUCAGAUGUGCAUAUCUUUUAGUCCAAGAUUAACUGAACACAGGAGGAAAUCCUCUAGUCCCAGAUCAUGUACUCGCAUGCAGAAGUCGUGUAGCCCUAGGUCAGCCACCCAAAUACGGAGAUCUUGUAGUCCCAGACAAGUCAGUCAGAUGAAGAGGUCUCGUAGUCCCACUUGGUCUCCAGCUAGAAAAUCUGCAUCACAAUUCAGAAAGCUGUCAAGAUCACCAUCUAGGAGAUAUUCUGACAACCAUUAUUCUCCUUCACAUUCCAGAUGCUCUAGAAAGCAAUCAUUAUCACCAAGAUCCAGAAAUUACAUUUCACCAGGCAGGUCUGGCUCACCAAGGGAAAGACAAAAGUCACCACAAUGCAAAAUAUCUCCAGUUAGAAUGCAGGCACAUGACCGGAGAAGUAUUACAUCACAGAAGAAAUCCAUUUCUCCAAAGUGCAGGAGGAAUUCGCUAUCACCAGGAAAAGGAUAUGUAAAGUCACCCAUUAUCCAAAGAACAUUUGCAUCACCCAAAAGACACUCACCAGAUGUGCAGCGGAAGAGAUCACCUAUAAAUUUUCCUUCAAAUACGUCAAAUGUUUCAAAACAUGCCAUGCAGAGAAGCAAAUCACCAGUUUCAAGAGUUUCGAAUUCGCCUCCAAUAAGUCUAGAGCAACUACAUUUGAAUAGGAAGCAUUCAAAGGGUAGGAGCCCAUCUCCCUGUCCAAUUAAAAUGUAUGGUGUAUCAAGUACCAGAAAAAAGUCCCCAGAAAAGCUACCAAGAAAAUCAUCUCAUAUGUCUUCUAAAGACAGAGAAAAUGUGCAUUACACAGCAUCUCCAUAUGACCAUCAGGUCUCUACUUCUCCAGAGGUGAAACCUUCUCACACGGAUAAAUGUUACAGAAGUCCACAAAGAAAAGCAUCACCACAUUUAAUGGCAUCAUUUUCACCUCUCUCUCCACAGAACUCAUUCUCUUUCUCAGGGGCUCAUGAAGAUGAUCAUUCAUUAUGGAGAAAAGAUGUAGGUUUAAUUCAUGGAAAGCCCAUGCAUGACAAUCGAAAGAAUAAUACAUCAGUAGAAGAAUUAUAUUGUCAUUCAGAUAACCCCUCAACCCAGAAAAGUCGGAGUCAGACACCAAGCCUGAGCCCGUCACCUGAGAAAAACUCUGAGUCAGAAAAUAAAUACUAUACAGUACCUCUCAGAAUCCAAACCUCAUCUCUAGGUUACAAGAAUCCCCCUGUUUCUAAUUCUUUGAAAAACAAUGACAUCAGUUGUUGGCAAGGAGCUUCACCAUGCUCAGUUACCACUGAUAGUGGCAGCAAAGUUAAGUCAUUAAGAAAAAAUCAUGAUGAAAGUGUUACACAGACCAGAUCUGAGCUGAUGUCCAAAAAUUGCACAAAAAAAACAGAAAGAAAAACUUCACAUAAAUAUAGGAUGAAAGAUAAAAACAAGAAAGGACAUAUAGUGGCGAUGUGUCAGGAUGAACCAAAGUCAUUGACACUAAACUCUGAUGUUAUCGACACAGGUAGAAGUAUGGUGAAUGAUAAUGUUCCUAUUCAGGAGACUAAAAAAAGAAAAUUUGAUUCCUCAGAUUCUCUUGAACAUUCUUGUAAAACAAAUAGCUUGGAUCAGUUAUCAGAAACUAAGGUAGAGAAGGAAAUGGAAACUGUCACUAAAAUAGCUAAUACCCCCAAUGACAGAACCUUAGAUGAACUUGAAGAUCUUUUGGACUUGGAAUUAGAUAAAUCAGUUGAUUUAUGGGAAAGUGAUGAAUCAGAAAAUGAGCAUUUUCAUCAAGAAACAAAGACCCUGGAAAAAUCUUUAGAUUUAGCUGAAGAUCAGCACUCAAGAACUUCUGGUAUGGAAAAGGACAGUGCAGUUGCGAAAGGAAGACUGAAGGACACCACUGGUGAAAAAUUAAACUUCUCUACCACAGGAGAUUCACCUGGUGAAGAAAGUAAGGUGAUAAAAGUUACAUCAGGUGGAUCGGGCAAGAGGAAGAAAAGAUCAGACUCUCGGAAAAAUUCGUCUAGAAAGUCCAGCCGCAGAGAAAACAGAAUUAAAGUGCAGCAGUUGGGAGAGCAGUGUAGCCCAUCAAAAACAGAAUCAGCAGAUGAAAGCAUGGAGCAUACUGAUAUAACAGACUGUGACCUCAGGGCAGAGCUAAGUCGAAGACGAGCAGAAAGAUUACUUAAGGCAGGAUCAUUACAUACUGCACUCCCUACACGGUUACUGCAAUCUGCAUUUCGGGGACUUGGUAGCGGCAAAACUGCCAAGAAAGAGGCCAGUGAACGCAAAUCAUGUGACAGAGAGCUGCAGAAAAGAGACAAAACAGAUGGACGAAGAGUUAUGGUUCUGAAGUCACCCCCUUCUGAAGAUCAGGAUGUUGUGAGCCUCAGUGUCACCAUACCAAAGGAUAAAAAGGAUAAACACUCUCCAUCAAAAGUACCUGUUCACUUACGCCUUGGCCUUCCUAGUAGUAGCUGGGACACACAGAAUUCCCAUUCAAGACGAAGAGGUUAUCGUAAGGUGAAGCUUAAACGCAGUGUGAUUGUUUCAUCUGAGAAAGGUCAUAAGGUUUAAUCUUGGAUUGGACAUAACGAAAGGCAAAAUAUUAGAAACGAGGAGACGUGUUUGAAAAUUGUUGGACAAUAUUGGACAGUAAUCAUAUUGAUUGUGCAUUUUUUUGGGAUACUUUAUUCCAUUAUUUAACUGUUAUUUCUACUGAAUUUACAAUGUAAAUAAAGUAAUGAGUCAUAUGUUUACAUCUUUGUAUAAAUGUAAAUGAAAUAUUCCUUUGUUGUUUUUAUAUAUACACCAAUAAAAUAUUUAUUUGUAGUCAUAAUUGUAUAUAUUGCAUGUAUAUAAAUCUAAGCAUUCUCCAAUUUAUAAAUCAUUGUAUUUGAUAUACAUAAAGAUUUCAGAACAACAGAAUUAUG